UAUUUAUAGAAUAAUUAAAUAUUAAUGAAUUAAUGGCAAUGUUAGAAAGCGUGUUUCCUUUUUUUAAUGGAAAAGUGAAGUAACCAAUAGAAACAAAAUCGAUUUUAAUUAAAGAAUUUAGUAGGUGGGAUAUAAUUAAUUCAGAACACAGCGGCUUUGGAUUAAUUCAAAUGUAUGCUUGAGAGAGGGACACGCCGUCUCCUCGAUAUCGAUCGUUACGAUCAUCACUCGCGACGAGCCGGAUACCGCUCGUACGGUAUCCCGCAAUUCGGAAGGCGGCAUGCACGUGAUCCGUUCACGCAGGUGGAAGGACACAAGUACUCGAUGGCCGAUACGGCUCGCGGCGACGACCAGGAAACCUGGAUGACCAGGAGAGGAAGCAACGAAGCUGUAUCUCGCCUUGUUCCUUGGCAGUUGCGCGCGAACCAUCGAGCAGAGCGGAACGCUUUCGUUGCCGAUGUGGUGAUCCUGUUUUCCGAUUGGCGCUCGAUGGUACGAAGUGUCGUGGGAUAGAAGACCGAACGGGAGCCACGAGUUCGAGAG